GCUCUCUCCUUCUUCCCCUCUCCAUCACAGUCUCCAAAUUAACAGACGAAAGAAGAAGAAGACUCUGGAGCUCUGCACUCAACUGCAGCACAGCUUGCAUUUCAAAUUGUGCAUGUUAAGAUGCAUUCAAUCCGCAGAGGGACGAUGAACGGGCAUUUAUCUCAGUAGAUAUUCAUACUUAUGUGCGUUUUUAUGUUGUCUAGUUGUGCUACAAAUGCCAAGUGAGAGGAACAGCAGCGCCGUGUCUAAUUGUGAUCAGUCAGGCGAAGCUUCGUCUGCCUCGUGUUGAAAUCUGCUUUUGCCAGAACAUGGUGCCACGAGGGGGUUCUACACCACUCGGUGGUGCCCAGUCUGUUCCGACUUCACUGUUUCGAUCAAAUUCUAGUCUAUUGGGCGGUCAAGGAGGUGCAUUGCCAUCACAGGGUGGGUUUUCUCCUUUGGGGUCACCACGAACACAAUUUGGAAACAUGAAUAUGUUUGGUAAUGCUCCCAAUGUUGCAUCUAUCCUGCAUCAAUCUUUUGGAAACGGUGGCCCUACUUCUGGGCUAUCUGGACCUGGAUCUACUCAGAGGGGUCUCAUUGAUAAUGGGGCUGAACCGGAUCCACUGUCCGGCGUUGGAAAUGGAAUGGGUUAUAAUGCAUCUCCUUCAUCAUCAUUUGUUUCAGUGGCAACACCUACAAAUUCUAAUAUGGCAUCUCAAGUACAAGUGCAGCAGUUUUCUCAUACUGCUGGGGAUCAAGUAAUGACAGAUCAACAACCACAGCAGCUCAAUCCCAUUAACUUUCAGCACAAUCAACAGCUGCCACAAUAUUCUACCCCGGACAGUUCUCAAUCACAGCAGCAACAGCAAUUUCAACCAAUGCGAAGUGUGCAAGGAAGUAUUGCACCUGUUAAAGUGGAGCCGGAGGUCAUCAAUGAUCAAACACCCCAGCAGUUGCGAAAUCUAGCCACAGUAAAAUUGGAGCCACAUCAGCUACAAAAUAUAAGAAGUAUUACGACUGUUAAAAUGGAACCUCAACAUUCUGACCCAUCAUUGUUUAUACAGCAGCAGCAACAACAACAACAUCCACAACAACAGCUUCUUCAGAUGUCUAGGCAGUCCCCUCAAGCUGCUGCGAUGGCCCAGCUUUUGCAUCAGCAGAGACUCAUGCAGUUCCAACAACAGCAGCAGCAGCAGCUCAUGAAGUCUAUGCCUCAACAAAGAACCCCACAACAGCCACAAUUUCAUGCGCAAAAUCCGGCUGGAAGGUCUCCAACAAAACCAUAUUAUGAGCCUGGGAUGUGUGCACGUCGGCUGACUAAUUACAUGUAUCAGCAACAGCACAGGCCUGAGGAUAACAGCAUGGAUUUUUGGAGAAAAUUUGUAGCAGAGUAUUUUGCGCCAAAUGCUAAGAAAAAAUGGUGUGUCUCAAUGUAUGGAAGUGGCCGCCAGACAACUGGAGUUUUCCCUCAGGAUGUGUGGCAUUGCGAAAUAUGCAACCGUAAGCCUGGGCGUGGAUUUGAGGCAACUGUUGAGGUCCUGCCUAGACUUUUUAAGAUAAAGUAUGAAAGUGGCACAUUGGAGGAGCUACUCUAUGUCGAUAUGCCCUGUGAGUAUCAGAAUUCUUCAGGCCAAAUUGUCCUAGACUAUGCCAAAGCAAUUCAGGAGAGUGUCUUUGAACAACUUCGCGUUGUCCGUGAUGGCCAGCUUCGAAUUGUAUUCUCACCGGACUUAAAGAUAGUCUCUUGGGAAUUUUGUGCCCGACGUCAUGAAGAGCUUAUACCUAGAAGAUUGUUGAUACCUCAGGUAAGCCAUCUAGGAGCUGCAGCACAAAAGUAUCAAACUACCACCACUCAAAAUGCAUCAUCUAACAUCUCUGUUCCCGACUUACAAAAUAACUGCAAUAUGUUUGUUGCCUCAGCUCGUCAAUUUGCAAAAGCUUUGGAAGUUCCAUUGGUUAAUGAUUUGGGAUAUACAAAGAGAUACGUGCGUUGCCUUCAGAUAUCGGAAGUUGUUAAUAGCAUGAAAGAUUUGAUUGACUAUAGCAGAGAGAUGGGGACAGGACCUAUGGAGAGCUUGUCCAAGUUUCCUCGAAGGACGAACUUUUCACCUGCUACUCACAAUCAAUCUCAGCAGCACAAUGAGAAGGAUCAGCAGCCACAACAACAGAAUAUGGGUCAGAACACCUCCAACCAAGAUGAUACUUUUGUUCAAGCUACUCAGGUUCAACAUGCAUCUGGAAAUUUAAACGGCCCUUUGAGCUCAGUACCCACUCCUACUUCUAGCAGUAAUGUUGCCGGACGACUGCUGGACCAAAACUCCUCCAUGAACCCUAGGGGGAACCAACCCCCCACAUUGAAUGGUAGUGGUGGUGGUGGUGUAACCACCAGUCCCUACACCGGAUCUGCAGCACUUCAAAUGCCUUUGCCUAGUAACUCUAACCCUUCUCCGUUCCAGCCUUUGAACCAUCCUCCAUCUUCAUCUAAUAAUAACCCUCCACCACAAACUUCACAUAAUCUCUUAUCAUCACCGGGAUCACAUAUUAAUUCUGCAAGUUCCCCAGGUGAUAUCAUGGUGGGGGCUAACGAGUCACAGAGCUCCGUGCAGAAAAUCAUAAACGAGAUGUUGAUGUCCUCCCAGCUUGCGGGGGGCGACACGAAGACUAUGAAUAGGGUGUUGGGAACAAACAGUAACCCUGUUCUUAAUGGCAGCAAUUGCCUUGUGGGAAUGAAUGGGAAUGCUGCAGGCAUUGGAUUCCGAAACAUAGGAAACGGGAUCAACAGCCAUGGCGGGUUUCGAAGCGGAUCUGUGAAUAAUGGAAGGGUUGGCAUGGGGGCUUCCAUGGGGCGAGACCAGAAUACGAACCAACAUCAGCAACAAGAUUUCCCGGGAAGUCAACUGCUCAAUGGUCUUGGAUCUGUCAAUGGUUUCAACAGUCUUCAGUUUGAUUGGAAAUCAUCUCCUUAAGAGGACACCACUGCAUGUUCCCGAGCCCAAAUCUUUGCUCGAGACAUUCUUCUUGAUGAUAUAUAUAUAUAUAUAUAUAUAUAUAUAUAUAUAUAUAUAUAUAUAUAUUUAUAGAGAAAGAAAGAGAGAGAGAUCAUUUGAAGAGGUUGCCACGUUCACUCACCGUCUGAUUAGUACGGAAUACUAUUGUCCAAAUGGUAAUGAAGAGAUAAUUUGACACGGGGCCACAGUUUGUGAGAAAGGAAAGGAAAGGAAAGGGGAAGGAGAGUAUAGUGUUGGAGUGUUUGGAAUGUUACCUGGAGGACAGGCAGAAUCAUUCAUCUAACUUCGUUUUGCCUGAUUUACCAUAUAGUUUGUUUAUUUACUUAGCAGCCAGCCUUUGGGAGGAGGAAAUUUUUAGGGCUAUUGGCUUACCACCCUCACGUUGUCUCUGCACAAUCUGCAGAGCAUGACAUUGUA